CAUUCAUCUUUCCCACACUGUUGCUUGGUUGCUGGCCACUUUUAUUACUUGGUAGGACACAGAGAGUUGUUGGUGCAGUACCCUACCUAUAGAGAAGAGGAAGAUAUCCAUCCAUAAGAUCAAUCAAGCCAUCAAUCAAAGAAUCAUGAGUGAAGAAUCUGCGUCCUACACAGAACAAGCCGAAGAGCUGUUCACCGAAUACACCUCGCAGAUUGAUUGGACGCUGUCCCAAUGGGGAACGGAGGAAACCAUCUUCAUAUGCUUCUAUGCGGGAUACUUCGUCCUCAACUAUUGUCUGUGGAACACUGUGAUUGUCAAACCCAUGGCACUCAUUGCCGUUUUUACACAUGAAAUGUGUCAUGCCACGGCAUGUUGGUUGACGUGUGGAAAAGUCGUCGGAAUUGAAGUCUAUGGAAAUGAAGGUGGAGUUGCCAAGUACACGGGAGGUUGCCGUUGUUUGAUCAUUCCAGCUGGCUACGUGGGAGGCGCUUUCUGGGGUGGAGCUUUUGUCGCACUCUCGGGAAACCGCAUUGGCGCCACCGUGGCCGGCUCCAUCUUUACCGCGGCACUCUUGAUCAGUCUACGAUAUUCGCCCAAUUCGACGGUCGUCUGGCUUUCAGUAGGAUUCACUGUCAUUACCGUCGCGGCCAUUUUGGUGGAUUGGCUCUACUUUGAUCCCUUUAUCCAAUACAUCGUGCUCUACUAUGGCGUUUUUAUCGGGGUCUACUCGGUACGAGAUAUCUACGAUGAUUUGAUUGUCCGAACGGCAGAAGGAUCCGACGCCGUGGCAUGCUACAAUAUGUGCCCCAUGUGUCUGCCACGAUGUGUCGGAGUGCAAUGGGGAAUCAUCGGGCUGGCCUUUCAAUUUGUGGGAUUGUACAUUGCCCUGUGCUGGUUGUCCAGUACGGGUAUUGGAAAUUAAUCAAGUUCAAUGCAAACUUGCCAAAAAGAAGAAAUCAUUCCGUGAGAAGCCUCCUCCGUUGGCUCCAUGGCAUGGCAUGCCGAGUCGAGUCGAGUCCGAUUGUGGUGAACCACGGUGGCGAGUUUGGGAGUUUUUGCCAACCAAAACGAGGGAGUCGAGUCACCACAAUCUGCAUUCGAAAGCACGGCAACCAACAACAACAGAACCAAAAUGUCAAACUUUAGCAUUGUUUGCGUCCAUUCCUUCCCAUGGUUGAGUUGGACCCACCAUGCAUACAUUCAUGAUAAUUAAUUGCAUCUUUUCCUCCUGCCU